AAGUGGGAGAGAGCUCUUGGGCUGGUGAAGGAGCUUUAGCCCAGGUCCCGUUGGAAGCAGAUUUAGAGUUAGGGGUGUCGGGCCGGUGCACGUCGUCCUCCGUCGAGCCCUUGCUAGCAUCUGGUGAGGCCGAUGGCUUCACCGGUACCAGUUCCGGCGAGCCCACGCCGAUACAGGGAAAGGAUGACGGUCCUUUCUGCGCCGGCACAUGCUCCGACGAGCUCGCGGUGGCUCAGGUAAAGGCCGAUGGCCCUAUCUCCGCCGGAAUCAGCCCUGUCCUGCCUUCGUUUUUAAUGAGCAAGGCCGACGACCCCUUCCUUGUCGGAACUAGCUCCGAUGAGUCCACGUCGACACUGGGUAAGUCAGAUAACUUGCUUCCGUGGUCAUCGGUUGAAGGUUUUUUAUCUGUUUUUCUUCUGAGCUUAUCGCGGGCUGGUCUUUUGGUUUUGGGUGACUAUGAGGGGGAUGAAGGUGGCUUGGACAAUAGAGCCGUCUCGCCGAAAGCGGCCCUUGAAUUUGAGCAACCCAGAUCAGCGGAGUUACCCACGAUGGCAUUGAGUGUUGUCCCUGGGGUGUGUUCUUUGGUGGAGGAAGGUGUGAAUUUUUCUGAUAUGGGUUUGGGUGGUGAAGAUAGUUCACCUAUUCCUCUGUUGGCUAUCACUCCCGGUGGGUUACCUCUGUCAGAUGAGCUGAACCGUGAUAAUCAGGCAAUGGAGUGUGUGGAUACUCAGGAUACUUCUAGAUGGGUGAAGAAUAGGCUCCCUGGUUUUAGUAAACUGGUGGGGCUGCCUUUGUGCCAUCAUGAAAAAUUAUGCAUUGCUUUGUUACAGAAGAUUGAGAGGGAGACGGAGGCUGCCAAAGUGCUAAACAGGAAAGUUACAGAAUCUAGAAAAGUGGUUAUCUAUAAGGACAAGGGAAAGAGAGAGCUGAGGAACUUGCAGUCUUCGGUUAACUACGAUGGUAGGUAGUGGUUGGUUGCUGAGAUUCUUUUCAGCCGGGGACUUCAUGUCUUUAUGCAUUUAAAAAUUCUCUCUUGGAAUGUUAGGGGGCUGAAUGACAGUCGGAAACGUUUGAUAGUGAAGAAUUGUUUGCGUGAGUGGAAGUGUGAUGUUAUAUGCCUUCAAGAAACUAAACUUUCUGGUAUGGAUAGACAAAUGGUAGGUAAUUUGUGGAGCUGUCCUUAUGUGGAUUGAGUGGCCUUGGAUGCUGUCCAGACGGCCGGAGGGGUUGUGAUGAUGUGGGAUAGAAGGGUUUUAGAGAGGACGGAGGUUUUGGUGGGCUCUUUCUCUGUGUCUAUUCGGUGGCAAGGGGUGGGGGACGGUUUCAGUUGGGCGUGUUCGGGGGUUUAUGGCCCAAUAGAUAACAAUGCGAGGGGGUUAAUGUGGGACGAGUUGGUAGGUGUUCAGCAUUACUGGAAUGUCCCUUGGUGUUGCAUUGGGGGUUUCAAUAUUGUCCGCCUCCCUAGUGAACGGUUGGGUAAUUCUCGUCUUACUCCGGCUAUGGAACUUUUUUCGGAGUUCAUUGAGGAUCUUAAUUUGAUAGAUUUGCCUUUGGAGGGAGGGAGCUUUACUUGGUCUAGCGGGUCAGAGAGGCCUUCGAUGUCCAGGAUAGACAGAGUUUUGGUGUCUCAUGAUUGGGAGGAGCAAUAUCCGGAUGUGACCCAACGGAUUCUCCCUCGUCCUGUUUCUGACCAUUUUCCAAUUCUAGUGGAGGUAGGGGGAAUGGCGAGGGGGAAAAGUCCGUUUAGGUUUGAGAAUAUGUGGCUUAAGACGGAUGGGUUUACCGAUAGAGUUCAGUCUUGGUGGAGUCGGCAUUCUUUCUCUGGCACUCCUAGUUUUGUUUUUGCCAAAAAGUUGAAGGCUUUGAAAGAGGACAUCGUUCAGUGGAACCGAUUGGAGUUUGGUCAUGUUGGUUGCAAAAAGACUCAUUUAUUAGAGACUUUGAAAUUGUUAGAUGUCAAGGAAGGGGAAAUUGGCCUCUCAGAGGCAGAGAUUUGUGAGAGAGCUGUGAUGAGAUCGGAAGUGGAAAAUCUUCUCUCUAUGGAAGAAAUCUCUUAGAGACAGAAAUCAAGGAUGCUAUGGCUUAAGAAAGGAGAUAAUAAUACUAAAUUCUUCCAUAAGGUGGCUAAUUCCCGUAGAAGGUUUAAUCAUCUGAGUUUUGUGGAGGUGGACGGGGUGAUUUAUGAGGAGGAA